CACAACACUGGGAUGUAGGAGUGUGUGAGAUUCCUCUAGAUGUGGCCAGCAGCAGCACACGCCCUGCCCUCACUAUCUAGCCUGCCUGUAAUAUGUGCUGCUGCUGUUUUAUUUCCAACUUUGUCAGCAGCGAGACAGCUAGAGCGCAUCCCCGCCGCCCCCUCCUCCCGGCUCCGUCCUUUGUUCCCCGCUGCUCCCCCCCACCUUCCCAGGAUCAGGCUCGGCUGCUGCUGCUGGCCGGCCCCCAAUUCACAUGACGUCAGAGCGCUGGCAGCGGAGUGACGUCACGAAGCGUGAACCGCAAGCGGCCUCCGGCUGUCCCCGGUUUGUGUCCCCAUCCUCACCCCGAUGCUCCCGGUGACAGCAGCAGGCAGAAGGAGGGGAGGUCCCUGAUACAGCCGCACCGAUCCUACCAACAGGAAAUAGUUCAUCCAAGAACUAUGCUGGAAACUAUUGAUACUCAUCGUGCCCUGCAGGCAGUAGAACGUCUACAGCCAAAAGUUCGGGAACGUGGGGAUAUAGCAAAUGAAGAAAAGCUAUAUUUAUUGAAAUCUGUUCUACAAAGUCCACUCUUUAAUCAGAUCUUAAACUUUCAGUCUUCAUUUCAUCAGCUGAGAGAGCAGGUAAAUGUGACACAUGCCGGAUCAUCUGUAACAGAGUUUGCUCAGAUUUCUCCUUAUGGUUCAAGCUCUAUUUCAUCAGUACAAAAUGAGUCUUAUGUGCUGGCCCAGCAGAAUGGUAGUCCUUCUAGUUCUGAAGAAACCAUUGUACAACCAGUCUGUCCUCAGAUCAAUGGACAAACCGCAAAUGAGGAUUUUGACCAAAUCAUCAAACAGAUGGCGCAAGGUCGGCAGAUUGAAACACUGGAUAUGGUUAAACCUCCAAGUGGUGGACUUGGUUUUAGUGUGGUGGGAUUGAAAAGUGAGAACCGUGGAGAACUUGGGAUAUUUGUUCAAGAGAUACAGGAGGGCAGCAUUGCUCAUAGAGAUGGAAGGAUGAAGGAAGUUGAUCAGAUUUUGUCCAUAAAUGGUCAGCCUCUUGAUCAGACUAUUACACAUCACCAAGCCAUUGUCCUCCUGCAGAGGGCCAAAGAUCAGGUGCAGCUUGUGAUUGCAAGAGGACCGUUACCCCAGCUAAUUAGCCCUGUGGUAUCCCGCUCACCAUCUGAUGCCAGCACAGUGUCUGCACUGUCUAGUCCUAUGCACUGGCAACAUGUGGAGAACAUUGAACUGGUUAAUGAUGGAUCAGGUCUCGGCUUUGGAAUUGUUGGAGGUAAAUCCACUGGAGUUAUAGUAAAGACCAUUCUACCAGGAGGAGUAGCUGAUCAGCAUGGCAGGCUAUCCAGUGGAGAUCAUAUAUUAAAAAUAGGUGACACAGACCUUGCUGGAAUGGGAAGUGAACAAGUUGCCCAGGUAUUAAGGCAAUGCGGUAACAGAGUAAAGCUGGUUAUUGCCAGAGGGCCAGUUGGGGAUCCAGCUACACCUGUCUCUGCCAGUCUGCAGAUGUCUCCCUUAUUACCUGCUGUUUCCGAAUUGAAAGGAAGUGUUGUAAUGACUCGAGAUUCAGAUGGCGAAGCCUUUGAUGUAAAGCUGGCCAAAAAUGCUCAGGGUUUGGGAAUAACUAUUGCUGGCUAUGUUGGUGAUAAAAGUUCAGAGCCUUCUGGUAUUUUUGUGAAAAGCAUUACUAAAGAUAGUGCUGUUGAACAGGAUGGAAGAAUUCAUGUUGGAGAUCAGAUUAUUGCUGUUGAUGGAACUAAUCUUCAGGGUUACACAAAUCAGCAAGCAGUGGAAGUUCUGCGUCACACAGGGCAAACCGUCCAUCUUACGUUAAUUAGGAGAGGACAAAAGCAGGAAAUUAUCACUCAUCAAAUUGAGGAAUCUGGCAGACCUACUGACCAGAGUGUGACUUUGCAAAGUGAACAAGACAGCAAUGAAAGUACUAAAAAGAGCCAACCGCUAUCAUCAAUGAUCAGUAACACUGUCGCACAACCUGCAUCAAAAGGAAAAGGCGUACAAACAGAAGAAGAAUGUAUCCCUAUCUUAAAUAAUGAAGAUGUUAUGAGAAAUAAGUGGCAAAGUAUCAUGGGAGCAAACUAUGAAGUUGUGGUUGCUCAAGUUAACAAGUUUAGUGAAAGCAGUGGCUUAGGCAUUAGCCUUGAAGCUUCUGGUGGCCACCAUUUCCUGAGAUCUAUACUACCAGAGGGCCCAGUUGGUCGAAGUGGAAAACUCUACGGUGGGGAUGAACUUCUGGAAGUGAAUGAAAUAUCGCUCCUUGGUCAAAAUCAUAAGGAUGUGAUAAACAUCUUGAAAGAGCUGCCAAUCAGUGUAACAAUGGUAUGCUGUCGUCCUGCUCAGCAGGUUACUGACAUUUUCAGUGCUGAAGAAAAGUGCAUUUCUGAACAUGACAUUCAUCUGAUUGAAAAAGGGGACCACAUCUCCACUGCUCAGGUAUCCACAUUCUUGAAGAUGCAAGAAGAUACACCAUUACAGCCUAGUCCAAGUAAAGAAUCACAGCUUCACGUUGAAUUUGGCGCCAUUGGCUCUUCAGAGACUGAUGACUUGAAUGUGACAGCUGGUGACGAUAGCCCAAGCAUUGAAGAUACACAAGGAUCACCAUUGGCAAUGUGGGAGACUGAUGUACAAAACAUUGAGCUGGAAAAGGGAAGCCUUGGACUUGGUUUCAGUAUUUUAGAUUAUCAGGAUCCAAUUGACCCAGCAAGCACUGUGAUAGUAAUACGCUCUUUGGUGCCUGGAGGAGUUGCAGAACAAGAUGGACAACUUUUGCCUGGUGAUCGCCUGAUGUUUGUCAAUGAGAUCAAUUUGGAGCAUGCCAGUUUAGAGCAGGCUGUCCAGGCACUUAAAGGUGCACCCUCAGGAAAAGUUAACAUUGGAGUUGCAAAGCCUUUGCCACUGUCACCAGAAGAAGGCUAUGUCUCUGCUAAGGAUGACUCUGCUUUCUACACUGCACACUCAUAUGAUGAGGAAGGGCUCAGUGAUGCACACCUUUUCCAUGCUGAACUAGCUCUGGUGGAGACCACCACGGAUGCUGACAUGACAGGUGUUUGUAAUCUAGAAUCUCGUUUUCCAUCAAAUGAUGAUGACUCGCUCCAAGCUUCUAUGUUAGCCUUGCAUGGCAGUGGCUGCGAUGAAGAACUCCUUAAUGACUUAACUAGUUACUCUUUGCGGGAUGCCUCUAAGGAUACUGACCCCUUUCAUUCAGUUUGUGAUGACAAUGCUGAAAAGUUAACUUUUCACAAGUUGACUCCUACAUCUGAACUGUGGGCCACUUCAACACCAGUGUUGGAUUAUAAAUUACCUGCAAUGGACUUUUAUAACCUUAAUCUUGGCCAACUCGAGGAAGCUAAGCAGGUAGAACUGAAUAGUAGUCCUCCUCCUGAGUCAAAGGAUCAUUUGGAAUUGGGUGUUUUUGACAAGCAAAAUGAAUGCACAUCAUCUAGUUCAUGGCUACAGCUAGAAACACAUGCAGAGGAUACUCCUGCUGACUUUUCUGGCUCUAUUUUAAAGGCUGAAGUGUAUUUAUCUGGAAAACAAUACUUUGAAACUGGUGAGGAUUGUACAGCUAAACCUUUUAAAACCAAACUUGAAAAAACGAUUACUGUUGCUAGAGGCAACUGCAGCUUGGGUAUGACAGUAAGUGCUAAUAAAGAUGGAUCAGGAAUGAUUGUCCGCAGUGUUAUAAAUGGAGGUUCUAUAAGUCGUGAUGGGCGAAUCCAUGUGGGAGACUGUAUAUUGGCUAUCAAUAAUGAAUCCACCGCUAACUUAACAAAUGCCCAGGCACGUGCUAUGCUUCGGAGACAUUCCUUACUUGGACCUGACCUAAGAUCUUCUCCUGCACCUGCUGAUGAUCAGGCCCCAUUUUAUGUCAUUACUUAUGUUUCAAGUGAGAAUUUGGAAGCGUACCGAGCAAGUGUGGGGCAGCUGAAUGAAAGAGCACUAGAUCUUUUCUCUACACAGAACUCUAGUGAUGCUCCAGAGCUCCCAGAACGUGAAGAAGGGGAGGGGGAGGAAAGUGAACUUCAGAAUGCAGCAUUCAGCAACUGGAAUAAUCCCAGAAGGGUAGAGCUUUGGAGAGAGCCUGGCAAAUCUCUAGGGAUCAGCAUUGUUGGUGGAAGAGGCAUGGGAAGCCGUUUAAGCAAUGGAGAAGUGAUGAGGGGAAUCUUUAUUAAACACAUUCUAGAGGACAGUCCAGCGGGGAAGAAUGGGACACUGAAAACUGGAGAUAGGAUUGUGGAGGUGGAUGGCAUUGAUCUGAUAGAUGCUAGUCAUGAGCAGGCAGUGGAAGCCAUAAGAAAAGCUGGAAAUCCUGUUGUGUUUUUGGUCCAAAGUAUCAUCAAUAGACCCAGGCCUGAAUCUGUGUAUUGCUCUCCAUCUGCCUCUGCUUUUAAGGGGCACCAACCUACUAACCCGUUCUCUCAUCACUCAUUCAAGAAGCAAAGCUUGUCUUUACAGAGCACGUUUGGUACUAAACCUCUCUUCAGAUGCACUAACCCAUUUGCUGAUUCCUCCCAGUUCACCACUAACAAGGGCACAAUGAAUCCGGUUAGAAUUGCCUUCCGUUGUUCCCCAACUAACCCCUUUGCUCCCACGCCAUUUAAGGCUUCUAGCAAUUCCGAUUCAGAGAUAGAAAAGACAACCUGUUCUAACUUGGCUCUCGCACCAUCAACAUUUGCCCCAGUGAGCUCUGACUGUAUUCAGAUGGAUAGUAAUACAUUCACUGGAGACCCUGAAAAAGAAGAUGAGUUUGGCUACAGUUGGCGAAAGAUAUCACAGCGGUAUGGAAAUCUGCCAGGAGAGUUGCAUAUGAUAGAGUUGGAGAAAGGAAAAACUGGAUUGGGUCUGAGCCUUGCUGGAAACAAAGACCGAUCACGAAUGAGUGUCUUCAUCGUGGGGAUUGAUCCAAAUGGAGCAGCUGGCAAAGAUGGCCGUUUGCAGAUUGCCGAUGAGUUAUUAGAGAUUAAUGGACAAAUUUUAUAUGGAAGAAGUCACCAGAAUGCCUCAUCCAUUAUCAAAUGUGCACCGUCUAAAGUCAAAAUAAUUUUUAUCCGGAAUAAAGAUGCUGUAAGUCAAAUGGCAGUUUGCCCUGUGAAAACCACUGAGCCAUGCCCUUCCAACUCUACCUUUCAAAACCAGGAGAAUGAAGAGAACGUUUCAGGUCUGGGGCCUCCAUUGAAUCUCAGUUCCUUUAAAAAUAUCCUCCAUGUAGAGUUGCCAAAGGACCAAGGAGGCCUAGGUAUUGCCAUCAGUGAAGAAGACACUCUGAAUGGAGUAGUUAUUAAAAGUUUGACAGAUUAUGGUGCAGCGGCAAAGGAUGGACGAUUCAAAGUGGGUGAUCGUAUCUUGGCGGUUGAUGAUGAACCUGUGGUGGGUGACCCUAUUGACAAGGUUGUCAGUCUUCUAAAGAAAGCAAAAACAACUGUUAAGUUGACAAUAAGUUCUGAUGAACAAGACAUCCAGCAAAAUAAUAAUUUACCACUGACUACGUUCUCUUCCAACGCUACCGAAAAGAAAAGUGUACCGCCGGGUCUACCACAUAUCAGUCUUCCAGAUUCAGAGCCUGUUUGCAGUACUAGUCGAUCAUCAACUCCAGCUACCUUUCCUUCUGAUCCAGCUACUUGUCCAAUAAUCCCAGGAUGUGAAACAACAAUUGAUAUAUCUAAAGGGCGAACAGGUUUAGGGCUCAGCAUUGUAGGAGGUGCAGACACUCUGUUGGGUGCCAUUAUUAUUCAUGAAGUAUAUGAAGAAGGUGCUGCUUCCAAAGAUGGCAGACUAUGGGCUGGGGAUCAAAUAUUAGAGGUAAAUUGUAUUGAUUUAAGAAAUGCCACACACGAUGAAGCCAUAAAUGUGCUGAGACAAACCCCACAAAAAGUCCGUCUGACGGUAUAUCGGGAUGAGGCACAGUACAAGGAGGAGGAUAUGUACGAUAUACUAAAUGUGGAGCUACAGAAGAAGCCAGGGAAAGGUCUUGGCUUAAGCAUUGUGGGGAAAAGGAAUGAUACUGGGGUGUUUGUAUCAGAUAUUGUGAAAGGUGGUAUAGCAGAGACAGAUGGGAGACUGAUGCAGGGUGAUCAGAUAUUAAUGGUGAAUGGAGAGGAUGUUAGGAAUGCCACUCAGGAAGCUGUUGCAGCUCUAUUAAAGUGUUCUUUAGGCACAGUAAAUCUGGAAGUUGGAAGAAUCAAAGCUGGACCUUUCCACUCAGAAAGAAGGACGUCACAAGGCAGUCAAGUCAGUGAUGGUAGCAGUAGUCUUACAUCGUUCAGUUUCCCAUUGCCUGGAUCUGUAGCAGCUGAACCACUUGAGAGCACUGCCAGGAAGAAUGAAACUCCUGAAAUUCAAGGAUUAAGGACAGUUGAAAUCAAAAAGGGCCCUUCAGACUCACUGGGAAUCAGCAUAGCUGGUGGCGUUGGCAGUCCACUGGGUGAUGUACCAAUUUUUAUCGCUAUGAUGCAUGCAAAUGGAGUUGUGGCCCUAACACAGAAACUCAGGGUUGGUGACAGGAUCGUUAGUAUCUGUGGGACAUCAACUGAAGGAAUGACUCACUCUCAGGCUGUCAGCCUCCUGAAAAAUGCCACAGGCACAAUCGAGCUACAGGUAGUAGCUGGCGGGGAUGUGAGUGUGGUCACAGGUCAACAGCAAGAACAUUUAGGCUCGGCAGUCAGCUUUUCAGGACUCGCCUCAAGCAGCAUAUUGCAGGAUGAUUUGGGACCACCUCAGUACAAGACAAUCGUUCUUGAGAGAGGACCAGAUGGACUUGGCUUCAGUAUUGUUGGGGGCUAUGGCAGUCCGCAUGGUGACCUACCCAUCUAUGUGAAAACUGUAUUUACUAAGGGGGCAGCAUCAGAAGAUGGCCGCUUAAACAGAGGAGACCAGAUUAUUGCGGUGAAUGGGCAGAGUUUGGAAGGUGUGACUCAUGAAGAAGCUGUUGCCAUUCUGAAGAGAACAAAAGGAACAGUUACCCUUACAGUGCUUUCCUGACCGCCUGGCUUAGAUUCUCCACCCUUUUAGGGUCCAUUUGUAAAGAAGAUUUAUGUCACCAGCUUUUUCCCCUGUGAAAGUACAUAAACCAGUGAGACUCGCAUUAUGGGUCAGCUGUGUGUCAGGUAGCAUUUUCUCUUGUCUGAAAGAAUGUUUACCUAGCUGCUGUCAUUUAACACACACACUGAUUUACACUGUAGAGGCAGAAGAAGACGUUAAAGCUUAUUUAGAUCACUGUAGAUUUGUGUGCUCUCCUGAGUGAUUAUUGUAGUCCGUAUUCCAAGUGUGCUUUCUUUAGCCACAAAGGAAGUGUUUCAGUAUUGUAGGUCUACAUUUAGUGCAAAUGUGUGAAGAACAUGAAACUUGGCAACAAAAGAGGUCAAGAAAACAUCAGCUUGUUAAACACAAAUAUUUUGUAGGUCACUUCUUUUUUUUUAUUGUUGCUGUAUUUUUAUUACACUUACAUUGUAUCAUUGCUUUGCUGCUAUUGCCUAUGAACAAAUGAAGGUUUUGUGGUUUGUUUGUUUUAGUUUGGUCUGUUUUGAUUGAUACACUGGACAGAAGUUAGAAAUCUAUUGUAGAGAAGACCAAAAAUACAUUUCUAUCGCAUAUUGCACUAUAAUAUGAUUUUGUAUAGUUACUAAAGGGGCACAUAUUGCUGUUUGUUCAGCAGCACAUGAGUUUGCGUUAUUAGAUUAUGCAAAUUACUAUACUUUGGUAAUCAAAAAUAUUGCGUAGAGAGGUAAACAGUAAGAAUUGCUUCUUUCGAGCUGGCAAACAAUUUGAUUGUAAAUCCCAGUAUAUUUAAGUUACAGUACAUUUUGCUUUCAGAACUGAUUACUCAUCUCUAGAAAGAAGUGAUUACCUUAUGUAACACCAGUUUUUAAACGUGUUUUUUUAAUGGCUUCUCCUUAGUCGCCUGAUGUGCUGACAUUUGUAAAAACCUGGAAGCAGACACAAGCAGGGCCAACCUCUUCUUUGAGACUGAUGCUGCAGCACAGUGGGAAUUGCUAAGCAGUCAGCAGUUUUACAGACCUUGCAAACACAUUAUAGAAAGACAGCUACCAACACUUUAAAUCUUUAUGACUUUUUUUUCCCCACUGUGAAAUAUUUUGUAGCAUUGAGUAUAAUGCUCUAAUGAAAGUCUAUUUUCUAUCUACAUUUCAUAAUACGGAGAAACCUAAGAAACAAACAGAAGUCCUAAUGUUGAGUACCGUGAAGGUUUGGAAAAUACAGUAGUGUUUGACAUAUUGUAUUGUUCGAUUUCCAAGGGUAAAUUGAAAAAAAAAAAUAAUGUAAAGAAAAUUAAAAAAAAACAUACAAUAUUAAAACAUCUUGUUGAGAACAGUAAUCAGUACCACUGGUUCUUAACACCUACAGACAACACUUGGAACAAUUCUGAAUUGUAAUAUUGGAACGCUGGUAUCAUUAGUCAGCAGUGUCAGAUUUCUCUGGGGAACAAUCACAAGCUUUGUUUGUACUGUACGAUAAGGAAUGUCAAGGAUUUAUAGAUAUCUUACAGGAAAAGCAGGACUGAAUGUCACAGAAUGUGGACUUUACAGCGACAAUGACUUCACAUUGACAAUACAUUAUUUGUUUAAAAACAUAGAGACAAUAUUAUUCAGUAGAUAAAACAGUUUAUAUUCUAGUUUGUAAAAGUCGUUCAAAGUUUCUUUUAGGUGUUUGCCAUAAGCUGUCAAAGGAUCUGUGUCCAUUUGUGAAAUUUGACUUUCAAUAUGUUUUUAAAGGUGGAGUCAAUAACAGCUUCUCUAAAUGUAAGGUAUAAGUAACACCUUGUGCAUUAAUGAAUGAUAUUGGUUUUAAAGUCUUUUGAUUCCGUAAAUAUGAAGCAGUUUGCGGAUUACUCAUGUACGCUAGCAAGCUGUGAAUUCAUGUACACUAACAAGCUGUGAACACAACCGUAGAACAGACUGGUUAGAAGUUAUAUACCUGAAAGGUGAAGAUUACCUGCUUAAUUUCCUUUAACUACACAGCAGAAAGUAAAUGUACCUUUUUUCUUAAAUGGCUGUUCUUAAAACACUGCUCCAUAAUAUCAGUUGAUAAAAAAAAAAAUAAUAAACAAUCAUUUUAUCUUGUUUCUUAACCAAAUCAAUUUUGAAAACUGAAAACACACAAUAUCACUACUAGUUGAUAAUACAAUAAUGAGAGUGAAAUUCUCAGUAACAUGAAGAAGCUGCUGCUAUCAUUAUGGGCUAAUCCUCAUUAAAUGCUAUUUGCCUGGUUACGUUAUUACUGUAUACUGGGGAGAAUGUCAGGUGCGUUCAGCAUUGAUAGUACUAAUAACAGCACCUAAAAGCAAAGUCUCUGAAAAUAUUGCUUCUUUUUAAGUAUUUAUCUGUUUGUUAUAUUAUUCAUGAUUUGGUAUAAUGUUUUCAGGUUCUGUUCGUAUAACCUUAGUUAUGCUAACAAUGAAAAUGUCUCUUAACAUUCGAGCAUAUUUUUUAAAAGAGAAUGUUUUAUAUGAAACAAUGCACUUAAGCUUAGUGCUUCCAUAACAAGAGUCCUCUAGAUUUUCAAGUUCAAACUAAAGGAAUUUUGAGAGACUGAUUGAAUUAUAUUUUGAAGUGUAUCUUAGUAUUUUUGUUCUUACUGGAAAGCUAGAUUGAAAAAAGUGUGAAGUAUAUACUGUACAGUAAUAUCAGAAUACUGUAUGGAGAAAUGGACACUUUGUAGAACCAUACUGUUUGUACAUUUAACAUCUAUUAAGGGAUGAUGAAGUGUUUGCACUGCUUUGUGUUAUGUCAUUCCCAUGCAGUCUCUUAAAAUUCCUGCUGUGAAAUCUCACCACUACAGACUAAACGAUCUUGAAGUUUUAAAGUUUUGCAAGGUUUAUUUCAUUAAGAAUAAAUUGCUUUAUUACAUAUUUUAUCAUAAUUGUAAUCAUGAUUGUUUCUGCUUUUAGUGCAAAUUACCCAUCACUAAGUGUUCCUAAAUAUUGAUAUCAACUUAGUAAAACCGUUUUUUACUAUUUAUAACAAAUGACCGCGCUACAGUAAAGAAGUGUUUGCAAUACAUGUAUGUUAAAAAAAGGUGUAUUGUAUGUGAAUGUUGCCAUUUUAUUUUGGCUUAUUAUCAGCAGUAUUUCAGUUGCAUAUUGCAUUAUAAUUAUUAUCACAGUGAUUUAAACUACUCUAUGAAUUAUUUUUUUGGUCUGCACGAACAGUGUUAUAUCCAUACAGUCCUAUAUUUUGAUAUUCUUCAGUAAUAUAAAUUGACUUAAUCAUAACAAUUGUUAUUUUCUGCUUUAUUUCGUUUGAAGACGUUGGUUUGUUUGGUCUUGUGGCCUGUUACUUUUCUGUAUGUGCUGUAUAACAUUACACUCCUGCAUUAGGUAUUGUCACUUUAAGCUUUUGUAGAAAAGACAAAUCAGUGUACAUAUAUUUUCAUACUGUUGUCAAGUUAAAAAUUAAGACCACUGUUUGCAUUAUUUAGAUGAUAACAAUAAAGAUAUACUUAGAUUUUA